GGCUAAAUUUUGGGCUCCAUUCAUCCUUUCUUGCGUGAGAAUAGUCAUCAUUUGGAGACCAGUAGUUAAAAGCAUAAAAUAACGACGAAGAGAAGGCCAAGGUCACAGGUUUGGGGAAGCAGUCGUAAAGCAGCCACCAUGACAGUGAUGGAGUUUUUUGGAUGUGGUUUUCUGGCAUUUGGCCCACCCUUAGCAAUGUUUAUCAUCACCAUUGCUAAAGAUCCAAUAAGAAUUAUUAUCCUUAUGUCAAGCGCAUUCUUCUGGCUACUGUCGCUGCUGUUCUCGUCUCUGCUCUGGUUCGCCGUGGUCCCUCUCCGCACCGAACUGGCGUUCGGGAUGGUGUUCUCCGUGCUGCUCCAGGAACUAUUCAGGUUCCUGCUGUACAAGCUGCUCCGUCUGGCCGAGAGCGGUCUGAAGAAGGUGACCGACAACGACCAGGUGGUGACGAACCCACACAUCAUGUCCUACGUGUGCGGUCUCGGCUUCGGCAUGAUGUCGGGGGCGUUCUCGCUGGUGAACGUGCUGGCCGACUCGGUGGGCCCGGGCACCAUGGGUCUGCGCGGCCACUCGCCCUACUUCUUCCUGGUGUCGGCCACCCUGACACUGUGCUUCAUCAUGCUGCACACCUUCUGGGGCGUUAUCCUGUUCGACGCCGUGGAUAGAGGCAGCGUGCUGCGGACGCUCUUCGUGGUCGUCUCCCACCUGGCUCUCUCCUGUUUGACGCUGCUGAACGCCACCUCUCUGUACGCGGUGACGCUGGUGGCGGCCGUGGCGCUGACCGUCAUCACCGGCUACGGCGCGCUGCUGGUCACGGGCGGAACGGGGCGCCGCCUGCUCACCUGUCUCCGGCCGCGGCCCACCCAGCUGCAGGUGCCCGAGCCGCCGCUGCCCGACCGGCAGUGAUCCGUGGCGCGGCCGACCGCCCGGCGGCCACAGCCGAGAGAGCUGACGGCUGGCCACUAGCCUGCUGGAUGCGGUCUAUGGGUCUGGGCUGUGGAGUGGGGACGGGCUCCGAGCAACAUCUAUUGCUAGCUGUGGUUGUGUGUGCUUAGGUAUGAUUAUUUAUCCUAAAUGUUUGUGUUCAUUAACUUGAUGUGCGCGCCAUGUAAUGGCAUGCUGAUAAUUAUUAAUUUGAUUGGAAAAUUCGUCCGUACCUACAGAGCGAAUAUCUCCUUGCGUCAUUGUUGGAAUAUUUCUAUGCUGUGUAAUGGUGUAUAUGUGCUGGCUGCUUGGUCGGCCCCUCCAAGGUGCAACGCGCCGGCUACAUUUAUUCAAAAUCUAAAAGUCAUAUUGCCUUUUGCUACGCUUCGCAUAGGUCAUGCUGUGCUAUCUGUUUUUGGACUUUUGGGAUACGUUUAUCACUUAGUUGUCACGUUAGAUUUUUAGGUUAAAGGGGCGGCUGAACAUGUCUAACUAGAAGGCCGACUUGACAUUUUAAUUGCUUUUGGGCGGACUUAUGUAUAGCUCCAACUUUCAAUGAUGUCCGUUCUCUAAUUGUAAACACCUCUUUAUCUUGUGUGCGCCGUGGGCAUUGUUGUGGUAAAGGCAUUGGUGUGCGUUUUGACGCCAUUCAAUCGCUAUUUUCAAUGAAUCAGAAACUUUAGGCCAGUUUCGACUGAGUAUCGUUAUCCCCUGCGUUCGUAACACCCCUGCGUACCUGUCCGUCGAAUGGACCAUGUCCUGCAGUCCUCUCUAGAACGUCCCGGUCGUGCCGGCAGGUCCCCCAGCGCGGCGUGGUCUCGGACCGCCACGUCACCCUGACCUUCCCUGGGUGACGGCGUGACGUGGAUCAUCCCACGCGCCCGGCGCGCUCCUCCGUUCCUGGCUCGGCGACCUGCGUUCCUCGUUCACUGACUGAUCCCGCCAUCCGGCCGCUCCUUACCUCGCCGCUGACACCGCGGUGAGUCUGGACGGACCGCGGCUUGUCGUCUGCUUAACUUGCAUUAAUCGCCGUUCAUGUUUUUCACUGACGAAAUGUGUUAAAUACAUUCCACUUCUACUCA